AUGAAGAAGAAGCAGCAGCACGGCAGCGGGGACUGCCCGGCGACUCGGCCCCCCGCGGCGGCGGGAGGGGGCCCGGGUCAGAGCGGGAGCUGGAAGAGGCGGCGGCCCCUCUCGUUGCUGCCCUUCCUCUCGCUGCGCGACUACGGCUUCUGCAUGGCCGCCCUGCUGCUCUUCUGCCUGGGUUCUCUCUUCUAUCAGCUCAACGGGGGGCCCCCGCACUUUCUGCUGGACUUGCGGCACUAUCUGGGAAAUUCCACUUACUUGGAUGACCACGGACCACCCCCUCAAAAGGUACUUCCUUUCCCCAGCCAGGUGGUCUAUAACAGAGUUGGAAAGUGUGGAAGUCGAACUGUGGUUUUGCUUUUGAGAAUUUUAUCAGAGAAGCAUGGAUUCAAUCUGGUUACAUCUGAUAUCCAUAACAAAACAAGACUGACCAAAAAUGAACAGAUGGAAUUGAUUAAAAACAUAAGCACUGCUGAGCAGCCCUAUUUAUUCACUAGACACGUUCAUUUCCUCAACUUCUCAAGGUUUGGAGGAGACCAGCCUGUGUACAUCAAUAUUAUUAGAGAUCCUGUCAAUCGAUUUUUAUCCAAUUAUUUUUUUCGACGUUUUGGAGACUGGAGAGGAGAACAGAAUCACAUGAUCCGUACCCCCAGCAUGAGGCAGGAGGAAAGAUACCUGGACAUUAAUGUAUGUAUCCUUGAAAACUACCCUGAAUGUUCCAAUCCCAGGUUAUUUUACAUCAUACCAUACUUCUGUGGACAGCAUCCAAGAUGCAGAGAGCCUGGUGAAUGGGCCCUUGAAAGAGCAAAGCUGAAUGUUAAUGAAAAUUUUCUGCUUGUGGGCAUUCUGGAGGAGUUGGAAGAUGUGCUGCUUUUAUUAGAAAGAUUCUUACCUCACUAUUUCAAGGAUGUGCUUAGCAUCUACAAAAACCCAGAACAUAGGAAACUUGGCAAUCUGACUGUGACAGUGAAGAAGACCGUCCCUUCUCCAGAAGCAAUACAGAUCCUCUACCAACGCAUGAGAUAUGAAUAUGAGUUUUAUUACUAUGUUAAAGAACAGUUCCACCUGCUAAAGCGCAAAUUUGGACUGAAGUCUCAUACCAGGAAACCACGUCCCAGACCCGAGUUCUUCAUUCCUUCUCCCCUGGAAACAGAGGAACCGAUAGAUGAUGAGGAAGAAGAUGAUGAAAAGUGGUUAGAGGAUAUCUAUAAAAGUGGAGGUAAAGAAGUGUUGUUAUCCCCAUUUCAUACAUGGGAAAUGGAUACAGCAAGUGGGUAA